UCUUGUUGCUUUUCUCACCGGCAAGAAACCGCGAGAAAACUCUACCGUGCACAUAUACAUAUAUAUAUAUUCGGCGGAUUCGUCUCAGUGACAUUGCUUGCGAUUCUAGAAAAUGGAUGUAAUCAAGACACAGCAAAUCUCGGCUCGUUCGAUCGAGAAGGUUAUAGUUCAUCCUCUUGUUCUUCUGAGCAUCGUAGAUCACUACAACAGAGUCGCUCGCGACACUAAGAAACGCGUCGUCGGAGUCCUACUCGGCGCUUCCUUCAGAGGGACCGUCGAUGUCACCAACAGCUACGCAGUACCUUUUGAAGAAGACGACAAGGAUCCAAGCAUCUGGUUUCUCGACCACAAUUACCAUGAAUCAAUGUUUUCCAUGUUCAGGAGAAUAAAUGCAAAGGAGCAUGUUGUGGGGUGGUAUAGCACUGGUCCAAAGUUACGGGAAAAUGACCUUAAUAUUCAUGGGCUAUUCAAUGACUACGUUCCCAAUCCUGUCUUGGUCAUAAUUGAUGUCCAGCCUAAGGAGAUGGGGAUUCCAACUAAAGCUUACUAUGCUGUUGAAGAGGUUAAAGAGAAUGCUACUCAGAAAAGCCAGAAGGUAUUUGUGCAUGUGCCUUCAGAAAUUGCCGCUCAUGAAGUUGAGGAAAUUGGGGUUGAGCACUUGCUGAGGGAUGUGAAGGAUACAACCAUUAGCACCCUUGCAACAGAGGUGACUGGGAAACUUGCAGCCCUUAAGGGGUUGGAUGCACGACUUCAAGAGAUACGCAGUUAUCUUGACCUUGUUAUUGAUGGGAAGCUUCCAUUGAACCAUGAGAUUCUGUGCCAUUUACAGGAUGUCUUUAACCUACUUCCGAAUCUCAAUGUGACCGAACUAAUUAAAGCCUUUGCAGUGAAAACAAAUGAUAUGAUGUUGGUCACUUAUCUUUCUUCCCUCAUCCGGAGUGUAAUCGCUCUCCAUAACUUGAUCAACAAUAAGAUGCUCAACAAAGAACAUGAAAAGGCAGAAGACUCGAAGCCAGUUGCUGUGCCUGCUGCAGCCGGAAGCUAAGCGGGCGGGUUUCAUCCUUUUGAUGUUUCUGGUGGGUGCUCUAUCUCCGGCGACAGUUGCAGUAAACUUUCGAGUCCAUGCCUUGGUAGAAAUUAUCUUUCCCUUGUACUGCUGGAUAGCCUGUAGUUCACAUCAUCAUUUUCUUCUUUGAAAAAUGUAGUUCUUGAUAAAGUGUACCUCUUUGAUUUGUGUGUUUAAUUUGCAAAUUGUUAGUCUUUGAAGAACUUCAUUGAUUUUAUUAGCAUCUGCAGAGUAUUAUGUCAAAAAAGACCGACUAGUCACUUGUUUUUUUUUUUUU